AUGCCUGUGCCAAGGAGUUUAAUAUGGGAUUUCAAACUGGAAUUACAAUUAUCUGUUUCAGGAGAUGGAAAAUCCAUUUCUCUGUUCUUAAUGGAUAACAAAGGUGAAGACCGUUUUCUUGAUAUAUGGGUGAUGAAAGAGUAUGGCAUAAAGGAGUCGUGGACCAAAUUGAUUACUCUUGGUCCACAAGGGCCGGAAAGACUUAUACCCAGGGCAUUAUGUUUUAGGAAGAGCGGCGAAGUAUUACUGAUGCUUUGUGGAGCUAGGGAAGAAUAUUCUGAUCAUAGUUACACUUUUGAUAAUUACUACAUAAAAUCAAAGCAUGAGUUAGUAUCACUAGACCUUGUGAACAAAACCGUUAAAAAUCUUGGUGUUCCCGGAGAAGGAUAUCAAUAUUGCUCCGUUCAUUCUUUCAAAGAGGUCCUUGUAUUACUCGACCAGACAGAUGCAGUUUCCUACUAA